GUGGCUCCCCGCCGCUGUGCAGAGGGCUGCUGGGGGUCUGCCUGCAGCUGGGAGGGGAGGAAGGGGAGGGCAGGGCCUCCUCAGCGCCAUGGGCAGGGCCCCUCUGCUCCUCGGCCACGGGGCCCAGCUUGGGCUGUGGCUGCCUGCUGGCACCGCUGGGCCUGCAAUGCCCCUUCCCCUCCAGCCCCUCCAGCCCUGCCCCUCAGCACGGAGCAGGCUCUGGGGAUGGCUCCCAGGGACACCCAGCCCCACCAGCUCCUCACCGGUUCUCUCUCACGGUUGCUCUCUCCUUCCUCUCCAGUGUGCAUGCUGUGCCGUCGGGCAGAGGUUGACCCGGACAUCUGCGGGCGCACCUUUGCCGUGAGUGGGUUUUGUGCCCAUCACUUCUGCUUGUUCUUUGCCAAUGGCCUUCUGGAACAGAGGCUGCCAAGGGGGGGAAUUUUUGGCUUCCCCCUUGAUGCCGUCCAGAGCACAAUCCAGCUGGCAGACCAGAAGAACUGCUUUGUUUGUGGCGGGAGAGGAGCUGCCAUCAGCUGCGCAGAAACAGGCUGUGAGCGCAGCUUCCAUCUGCCCUGUGCCGAGGACGGGGAAUGUGUCACCCAGUACUUCGGGCCACACAGGUCCUUCUGCUGGGAGCACCGCCCUCGGCAGGCAGCAGAGGCAGCUCCAUCUCCGGACACCGUCUGCGUCAUCUGCCUGGAGCCCGUGGGGGACAGCACGUCCUACCACACCAUGGUGUGCCCGGUGUGCAAACAGGCCUGGUUUCACCGGGGCUGUGUCAGGAAACAGGCCAUGCACGCUGCCAUCCUGCGCUUCUUCUGCCCCGUCUGCAGCGAAAAAGCGACAUUCCGUUCCGAAAUGACCAUCAUGGGAAUCCAAACCCCAAUCAGACGACCAACUUGGUGGGACGACAAAACAUACCCAUCGCUGAGACAGAGGCACAGGCGCUGCGAUGCCAGCGAGUGCCUUUACCAAGAAGGCAGGGAGGAGGCAGAGGAAGAGGGGCCCUGGCAGCUGCUCCUCUGCAGCUCCUGUGCCGCAGAAGGCACCCACCGGCAGUGCUCUUCCUUGGCCUCCAGCACAAGCACCUGGGAGUGCGACACCUGUGCCGGUGUGGGCACCGCCUCCCACACUGACUCCGAGCAUGCCAGGCCCAGCACUUUCAGUCAGGAAGCAGCAGGGCCACCCCAUACUGUUUCAGGGCCUGAAAACAUCAGCUCUGGCCCCACCAGCCAGGCAGCAUUGGGCUUGUCACGCAGCUCCCAGCUGCCUGAGCGCAGUGUCCAGCCCAGAGAGCCUGCAGCAGAGCAGAGGACCACCCGCCCAGGUCUACGUGGGAGGAGACGGGCACCAGCUGCAGGCGCUGAGAGCUGCUCCCGGAGCCCCACCAGACGGGGGACAAGAGUGUUCUCCAGAGGCUCCCAAGCAGCUGCUCGCAGGAAGCGUCCCACGCAGCGGGGGAGAGGCUGCACAAGAAGCCGAUCCCCGUUGCAAAGUCGGGCCUCAGGCUCCCAGAGUCGGCCCCGAAGACGUCAUGGCGGCAGCCGUACGACACCCCGAGGUGCUCAGAGCAGCACCCGCACCUCGGCCAGACCAGCGCCAUCGAGGUCCUCCAGGGCUUCCCCUCUGCCUGCGCGCAGACGACGAUCCGGGCAGCGAGGGCGGGCCCACACUCGAAGCCGAUCCCCAGUGGGGCGUCGCGCUUCGUAUUCCCGCAGCCGGCCCCGAGGAGGCCGUGGGAGCCGGUCCAGGCAGCGGGGACCAGCCCAGGCACGAAGCCGCUCCCGGGUCCAGCAUCGGAGCAGACGUCCCCGCAGCCGGUCCCAAAGACGGCGCAGGAGCAGCCGUGCCCCAUCCCCGCGUGAUGGUUUUGGUCCCAGGCGGACAAGAAAAUAAACCUGGAUGAUGC